GAAUAACAACCUUGGCACAUUUAUUUAAAAAAAAAAAAAAAAAACCCCUUCGCACACUUUUCUGUUUUGUUUUUUGUUUUUUGUUUUUUUUAUUCCUUCUGUGAUAUGGUGGCUCUUUUCCCUACUUUAAAAUUCUAAAUUUCUGCAGUCGUCUACACUGAAUUGUAGGCUUCUCUCUAAACAUCCCCCAUGGAUGUCCAAUCGAAGCUUCAUAUAGCAGUGUUUCCAUGGCUGGCGUACGGCCACAUUAUUCCGUUUCUUGAAGUCUCAAAGUUCUUAGCUCAAAUGGGUCAUCGUGUAUUGUACAUUUCCACACCCAAAAACAUCAGUCGCCUCCCCAAACUCCCUUCAGAAUUCUCUCCUAAUCUCUGCUUUAUAGAACUUCCCCUCCCUCACGUUCAGGGGCUGCCGCAGGGAGUCGAGUCCACGGCCGACUUACCGAUUCAGAAGGUUCCUUUCCUCAAGAAAGCGUAUGACAAGCUCCAGGGUCCUUUGGGUGAAUUCCUCGAAACAUCACGCGUGGAUUGGAUCAUCCACGAUUUCGCACCGUACUGGUUACCACCGCUCGCUGCUCAGCUGGGUAUCAAUUUAGCUUUCUUUAGCAUAGUCGGCGCUUCCUCCGUGGCUUUCAUAGGCCCUCCAGACAAGCUGAUUGCAGCUCGAAGGCAGCGUCGUGCGGAGGACCUUACGGUCAUCCCAGAAUGGAUCGAUUAUCCUUCUAAUGUAGCCUUUAAGCUCCAUGAGGUUCUGAGUCACCAGCAGUGUGAGGACCAGGACGCCGAAGGGUUUUUCCGAUGGGGAUCGGUGGUUCAAGGUUGCCAAGUUGUGACUCUGAGAAGCUGCCCCGAGUUUGAACCAGAUCCGUUUAAUUUACUCGGAAAGAUUUUACAGAAACCAGUUGUUCCGAUCGGGUUGUUGCCACCGUCAGUGCCACCGCUUGAUGGAGUGGCCAACGGAGACGAGACAUGGGUGGCAUUGAAAAAAUGGCUUGAUGGAAUGAAAGAGAAGUCAGUUUUCUACGUCGCACUUGGCACCGAGGUGACUCUGAGUCCGGAGCAGUCACAUGAGUUGGCGUCCGGGGUAGAGAAAUCUGGAUUGCCCUUUAUAUGGGUGGUGAAGAACCGCCCCUUAGUAGAAGGGCAGAUGGGUCUACACAUCUUUCCACAGGGAUUCGAAGAACGAGUCUCAGAACGAGGCGUCGUGGUAAGAGGUUGGGCACCUCAAAUGAGAAUCCUGGCUCAUCCCUCCAUUGGAGGUUUCUUGACUCACUGUGGAUGGAGCUCGACGAUUGAAGCACUGAGUUUAGGUCUGCCAUUGAUUCUGUUUUCCGGUGCAAGCUCAGAUUUGGGGUUGGUGGCACGGUUGUUGCAUGGGAAGAGGGUGGGGUUAGAAAUAGAAAGGAAUGAGGUAGACGGGUCAUUUACAAGUGACACAGUGGCCAAGGUGAUUAGGGUGGUGAUGGAGGAGGAAGAGGGUGAGCCAAUCAGGGCCAAUGCUUGGGCUAUGAAGGAGAUUUGCGGCAAUAUUGAGUUGGGUAAGAAGCACUUGACCCAGUUCGUUCGGUUCCUUGAAAACUACAAAUAAAACCAACAAACUCAAUGACGGUGGAUGAUGCUCUACCGCAGUCCUGCCCCCAUAUUAGAAAGCCCUCGGAAUUGUCAUGGUCUAUGCCUGCAAGUGCAAUGUAAUCCUUAUCAAGAUAGUGUAAAUCCUGGAAGCUAUAAUGUCAAAUAAAAUCUCAACAAAGUU